CCAGGCAGCGACGGCCUAGACCCAUCGCCAAUGGGAAGAGGCAGGCUUACCGAAUUAAAGGGGAAUGAGAACUUCGGCCGAACCGAGUCCUGCGUCCUCAGCGGCGGAAAGAGACCUGGUACCCUUAAGAGACCCCCCCGGCCGCCCUCCUCCUUCCCUUGUUCCUGUGGCUGGGGGGGUACCCCUUCCCUCCACACCAUGGAGCCAUCUCCCCUGUCUCCCAGCGGGGCAGCACUCCCCCUGCCUCUAUCGCUGGCCCCACCACCACUGCCCCUGCCUGCAGCGGCAGUAGUGCACGUGUCCUUCCCCGAGGUGACCAGUGCCCUCUUGGAGUCUCUCAAUCAGCAGCGGCUGCAGGGCCAGCUCUGUGAUGUGUCCAUCCGAGUGCAGGGACGGGAGUUCAGGGCUCAUCGUGCUGUCCUGGCUGCCUCUUCCCCUUACUUCCACGACCAGGUCCUACUCAAGGGCAUGACCUCCAUCUCGCUGCCUAGCGUCAUGGACCCAGGCGCCUUCGAGACUGUCUUGGCUUCAGCUUAUACUGGUCGCCUCAGCAUGGCCGCUGCUGACAUUGUCAACUUCCUCACAGUGGGGUCUGUGCUCCAAAUGUGGCACAUCGUGGAUAAGUGCACUGAACUCCUCCGAGAGGGCCGGGCCGCAGCCACCACCACCACCAUCACCACUGCUGCAGCCACAUCGGUCACUGUCCCUGGUGCUGGGGUCACCUCAGGGAGUGGGGGCACCGUGGCCCCUGCCACUGUGGGAUCCGUACGCUUCCAUGCCUCCAGCCGGGCCAGUGAGAAUCAGUCCCCCAGCAGCAGCAACUAUUUCAGCCCUCGGGAGUCCACUGAUUUCUCAUCUUCCUCCCAGGAGGCUUUUGCAGCUUCUGCAGUGGGCAGUAGGGAGCGUCAAGGAGGUGGCCCUGUAUUCCCCGCCCCUGUGGUUGGCAGUGGGGGGGCUACCUCUGGGAAGCUGCUGCUGGAGGCAGAUGAGCUGUGUGAUGACGGUGGGGAUGGGAGGGGUGCAGUGGUCCCUGGGGCUGGGCUCCGCCGGCCCACCUACGCACCCCCCAGCAUUGUGCCGCAGAAACACUGGGUAUAUGUGAAACGGGGUGGAAACUGCCCAGCACCAGCGCCCCUCGUUCCCCAAGACCCAGACCUGGAAGAGGAUGAGGAGGAGGAAGACUUGGUGUUGACCUGUGAGGAUGAUGAAGAUGAAGAGCUGGGGGGUGGCUCCGGGGUGCCACCAGGGGGAGGAUCUGAGGCUACCCUUAGCAUAAGUGACGUCCGGACCCUGUCUGAGCCUCCAGACAAGGGAGAGGAGCAGGUCAAUUUCUGUGAGUCCUCCAAUGACUUUGGCCCCUAUGAAGGUGGGGGUCCUGGGGCAGGGCUUGAUGAUUCAGGGGGACCAACCCCUUCCUCCUAUGCUCCCUCCCAUCCUUCGAGGCCCCUGCUUCCACUGGACAUGCAAGGCAACCAGAUCCUGGUCUUCCCAUCCUCUUCAUCCUCCUCCUCCUCCUCACAGGCUCCAGGCCAGCCACCAGGGAACCAAGCUGAACAUGGGGCAGUGACCCUGGGGAGCACAUCGGCAGGGGCCCUGGGCAUGCCGGGUGGCACCGGCGGGACUCCUGGAGGGACAGGCAGUGGGGAUGGAAAUAAGAUCUUUCUGUGUCACUGCGGAAAGGCCUUCUCCCACAAGAGCAUGCGAGAUCGCCAUGUGAACAUGCACCUCAACCUGCGGCCCUUUGAUUGCCCCGUGUGCAACAAAAAGUUCAAGAUGAAGCAUCACCUGACAGAGCACAUGAAGACACACACAGGCCUCAAGCCCUACGAGUGCGGCGUCUGCGCCAAGAAGUUCAUGUGGCGAGACAGUUUCAUGCGCCAUCGGGGACAUUGUGAGCGCCGGCACCGCCUAGGCGGCGGGGGCGGGGCCGGACCCGGACCCGGGGGGACCACCGGGCCAGCCUUGCAGCCCAAGAGAGAGUCCCCCGGCGGCGGGGGCAGCGGCGACGAGGCGAGUGGGGCCACGCCCCCGUCCAGUCGACGGGUCUGGUCCCCGCCCAGCGUCCACAAGGUGGAGAUGGGCUUCAGUGGGGGCGGAGGAGCAAACUGAAGAGG